AUGGUUUCCCUAGCUUACUUCGGAAUGCGGCAAGCUGCUUGGACUUUUCUGGUCCUUGUAUUUCUGAUCGAGAGUGUGAUGGGCAACUACGCCAAGUCCUUCAACAUCCAUUGGAACACAACGAACAGCAUUUUCAGAAUAGACAAUACCGACCACGUAUUCGAUCUCAAUAAAGGUAACGCUCAGUUCGAAUACGACCAAGUGAACGUUAUGUGUCCAGUGUACGCUCCGGGCACCUUCGAGGAAGACACGGAGAAAUAUAUUAUAUACAAUGUAAGCAAAGAGGAAUACGAUACAUGUAGGAUAACGAAUCCGAACCCACGGAUCAUAGCGAUAUGCGAUAAGCCGCACAAACUGAUGUACUUCACCAUCACCUUCAGACCUUUCACACCACAGCCCGGCGGGUUGGAGUUUCUGCCGGGCAAAGAUUAUUAUUUCAUAUCCACAUCUAGUAAAGACGAUUUGCAUAGACGAAUCGGCGGCAGAUGUCUCAGUCAUAAUAUGAAGCUGGUCUUUCGCGUGUGCUGCAAACCGGAGGACCAAUCGCCAAUACCACCACCUCAACCUACACAACCUACUCCACCGACGUCACCCACCAUUCCUACAACCACCACCACCACGACAACCAUCAAACCAGUCACCAAAAAGACGCACAAAUACGACAAAACUCCCAACGAGGUUGUGAAGAGUGAGGAACUGUCUUACUCCCGUGGUGCGGCAUUAGCUUCGUCGAUUGCCCUGGCUUUGGCUGCCAGCGCAGUCCUAGCGCCGCUGGCUCGGUGA